CACUCUGCCUUCCACCCCCCCUCCGAGCUCAGGCUGCUCGCUGUAUCAGGUUCUUCUAACAUCUCUGCUCUUCUAUGUUACAUCCAUUCUGCAUUGUCUGCUUUCACCUGGGCUGGAAGGGGUAAACAGUAACAUCCACAAAAGCUCUAAGAUGACCAGAAUGAAAAUGUGGAUAUACUAGGCAAUGGAGAAGAAACAUUAUUUACAGCUUGGCUUAAAGGGGGGAAAAAAACUCCAUUUUGUUCAUCUUUUGAAUGCCAUCUUUUUAUUUUAACUGACUAGGACAUCUGCAAGACAUUGGGAGCUGUGAGAUCUCGCAGGGAAAAUGCUGUGUCUCGUACAAUGGCUGUGAAGUGUUUCCAUGUUUUCCUCUUGCUCUGCAUGGAUCUUGACCUUUCAUAUUUCUCACUUUCCUGUCGGAAUUAUAAAAGCUGCAGCAAACCUAUGUGGAGUUUGAGUCUGGAUUUCUGGCUGUGAUGAUUUUUAUUAUAUGUCCUUUGGAAACUAUCAGAAGAUUUUUAAAACCCUACACAACUGCAUACAUAGCUACAGAAAUAGAUGAAAAUUUCCAGUCACUGGUUGAAGGAAUUUAACCCUUUCCUUGGUUUUCAGUGGUCAUUAAAUUUGUUGACCUUUUUUUUCCUGCCAUUGAUGGUAAGAGCCUGAGACCCAGAUAUUAUACAUUCCUUUCCAGCUAAUAGAUGGAGGAAAGUAACGCAACAAUAUUUAUAAUUUCACCAAAUUAGCAGUCACCAAACGUAUCUCCAAGACCCACUGGCCAUAAAGCUUUGUUAAAUGAGGAAAGUAUGUUUAUACAAUCUGAAAAAGGAAAGCGUGAAAGAAAGGGGAUUAAAACGUUCUCUAAUGAGUUAAGAAAAAUGAAGCGAGAGGAAUGAAAUCACCAGAGAAGACGAAUGUCUAGAACACAGAUCUCUGUGUGGAUCUUGCAAAGGCUCGUGUCUGGGGUGACAACAGGGCCUAAAACUGUUUGAGGGAUAAUGGGGCUGUGUGAAAGGAUUGGUCCUGCACAUAAGGUCCUAUAUCUCUUGUGGGAUCUAUCUAAGGGACGAAGAGAGCGAGGACUGCAGUGAAGAGAACAGAAGAAAAAUAAGUGGGCAAAAACUCCACAGCCCUGCGCUCGGCUUAUCUGCCCCAGGAAAUGUCCUGCUUGUCACAGAUUACAAGUAUCAAAAGUAAGAAGGGCAGCAGAGCUGUCACAACAGAGGGACACCAGUGAGAAAAGGAGGAACGCACAGGGUUACUACUUCAUCUACCAUGGAAAGGUUGGUCUGGGGUGUUCUGCUGGUAGGAAGCCUUGUGACCAUUGUCCAUUCUUGUCCCUUUCAUUGUACCUGCCAAAACCUUUCGGAGUCACUCAGCACACUGUGUGCGAACAAGGGGCUGCUUUAUGUCCCACCUAACAUAGACCGCAGGACUGUGGAACUACGGUUGGCUGACAACUUUAUCCGAGUGGUAGCACAAGAAGACUUUCUCAACAUGACAGGUUUGGUGGACCUUACUCUAUCAAGAAAUAUCAUAGAUAUCAUUCAACCUUAUGCCUUUGGUGAUCUUGAGGGCCUUAGGUCUUUGCACUUGGAUGGAAACCGUUUAACAUCCAUUCAUGAGGAAGCUUUACGAGGAAUGCUGAAUCUCCAGCAUCUUAUUAUCAACAAUAACCAGCUUAUAACAAUUCCAGUGGCUACUUUUGAUGAUUUCAGCCUUACUUUAGAGGACCUGGACUUGUCAUAUAAUAAUUUGAUUAGUGCCCCAUGGGAAGCUAUCCAGAACAUGGUUAGUUUGCAUACUCUCAAUCUUGACCAUAAUCUCAUAGACUAUGUAAUGGAAGGGACGUUCUCUGAACUAUACAAACUUUCCAGACUGGACAUGACAUCUAAUAGGCUACACACACUACCUCCAGACCCUUUUUUUGUUCGUUCCCAAACUGGAGUAGUUAGCCCUACCCCUUACACAUCCACAAUAGUGCUUAAUUUUGGUGGUAACCCAUUUCACUGCAACUGUGAACUCCUAUGGUUACGGCGGCUGGUGAGAGAGGAUGAUAUGGAAACAUGUGCUUCCCCUCCACAAUUAGUAGGACGUUAUUUCUGGUCUAUACCAGAAGAAGAGUUCACUUGUGAGCCCCCUCUUAUCACUCGUCAUACACAUCAACUCUGGGUACUUGAAGGACAACGAGCAACACUAAAAUGCAGGGCAAUUGGAGACCCAGAGCCUGUUAUACAUUGGGUAUCUCCAGAUGACAAGAUAAUGCCAAACUCUUCUAGGACUGCUUCUUACCGAAAUGGAACCUUGGAUAUACUGGUCACCACAAUCAGGGAUGAUGGAGCCUAUACCUGUAUAGCAAUUAAUGCUGCUGGAGAAUCAACUGCCCAAGCUGACCUCAAAAUGAUUCCUUUGCCUCAUCGCAACAAUGGAACAGUUAGUGUACUGAGACAGGACCCAGGGUCAUCUGACAUUACUACUUCAUCCAAGACAACAGCCAAUGCCACAGAAGAAAGAAAGCCAACAGAAAAUGCAGUAGUGGUAUCUGAUGUAACUUCUUCCUCUGCAUUGGUACGGUGGUACAUGAACAGAUCAGCCUAUGUAGUAUGGAUGUACCAGAUCCAGUACAAUUGCACAGCGGAUGAGACAUUGGUGUACAGGAUUCUGCCUUCCACAACCAAGCACUUUGCCUUGAAGCACUUAGUAUCAGCAGCAGAUUAUGACCUUUGCAUCUUGGCCAUUUUUGAUGAUGUUGCAACCUCCUUGGCUGCUACUAAAUCGUUAGGAUGUGUCCAGUUUUCCACAGCAGAGGCAUACCCAGACUGCCGCUUACUACAUGCUCAUUUCCUGGGAGGCACUUUAACCAUUAUUAUUGGAGGAGUCAUCGUGGUUACCCUGUUGGUUUUUACAGUUGUAAUGAUGGUCAAAUACAAGGUUUGCAGUACUGCUCGUUCAGACAUCCCAAAAGUUACCAAUGUAUACUCCCAGACCAACGGAAGCCAGAUUAUGCCCAAUGGUAUGCUUUUGCAAUGCAGACUUAACAAUGAGUCUGCCAAAGCCAGUUGUUCUCAAGUGGUGUAUAAAGAAGAUACUGGAAGAGUUAUACAUGGAGUGAAACCUCAACGUAGAAGGACUCGACACAGAGAAGCAUCCGAGAAACAGGAGGACAAAACUAUUAAGGUUUCAGAUUUUGAGGGACUAAAUGCAGGAUCAAGCCCUGAGGCGGGUUUUGUUUUUCAAAAAACCAAACGUAGCUGUUCUGUAGAUAUGGGAGAGAUGGCAACCACCACUUGUUACAGCUAUGCCAAACGACUAAGCAUUAUAUGGACAAAGAGAAGUCAGUCUGUCCAUGGCAUGCUUUCACACUGCGGGGCUGAGCUACCCAAAGGAAAACCAGUUUUAUUUACUGGUUCAGAUGAGCUUGAAGAAAGUGUAGUGUAGAAAAUGCCAACACUUCAGUGUUACAGCCAACCUUUUCAUCACACAGGUACAAGGAUUUAUUUUGUUAGGGCAGAACGAAAAAAAACAAAAAAAAAAAACUAUGGGAUUCUUUAUCAAUGAGCCAUGAACAAGCACUUGUUCCUCUUCAGCAUUAAGGAAAGAAGAAUAUUACAUUUUUAAUUUGGUAUUAAAUCUAGUUGAUUGUGUAACUGCCAGGAUCUUGCCACACAACUGAUAAAAGCAUUUCAUCAAUCCUAAAAGGAAUAUUUUUGAUUUGGUUAAGGUAUGUGAUAUUUUCAUUGGACUUGAUGGCAUCCUUUGAUGUUCCCCUACACGGAUACAAAACAACACUUUUCCUACUAAAGAAGUGUGCUCUUUAGAAUGUAUAUAAUUUGGAGUCAAAAUCAAUAAAUCGACCAAACAAGGAGGUAUGUAAACACCCUUGAGCAAAGUCAAAUUUGAAAAACAGGAAAAUGAAAACUUUAAUAAGGCAAAAUUAAAGAUCUGUUAAAGACACAACCACAGAUUUUCAGAAGGUGCCACUGCCUUCCCAGUACAUAAAUUUGGAUAUAAAAAGAUCCAGUUGGUGCACAAGCCAAGGACAAGAUUUUGAUUGAAUUUACUUGAAUUAUUUUUUUAUCAAUCAUAUAAUUAGCACAAAAAAACAGCAAUUCUGACUACUCUACAGGCUAUGGAUGGAUACAAGUGUAUACACAUUGCUCAGAGAGGUUAUUAAAAAGGAACAGCAGUGGACCCUCUGAUUUUGCCAUUAAACUCUCUGCUUUCUCCUGAUUUACAGGCAAGUUUACCUUUUUCAUAAAUGCAAAUAUAUCACACAGCAAGUUAAAAUGACUGCAGCACUUUAAAGUUUGAGUUCUCACAAAAAUUAAAUAGAUAAAUAUCUCUACUCAUUGGAUUUUUUAUAUAAUUUGCCAAUAAAAUAAAAUUACAGAAAAA